AUGUCCAACACUACUAUAGAUACAUCUAUAAACUCAAGCUACUCCUGCAACUCGAGCAGCUGCACACGAGACCAGGAUCUCCCCCAGGGAUCAUCAACCGUCUACGAUGACGUACUGGAGGGACUGGCGUAUGUUAACUACGUUCUACUGCCCACAAUGCUCGUGCUAGGGAUCGGGGGAAAUAUCCUCACAAUCCUUGUUAUGACGUCACCUAAAUUCCAGCAGCUGACCUCCAGAUACUAUCUGAUUUUCCUCGCUCUGUCAGACAUUACGCUUCUUCUGACUCAGCCUUUCAAUAAGAUGUUUGUCAUCAAAAUGUUGGGUGUUGAUGUUAGGGCCUUAUCCGAUGUCGGCUGCAAAGUUUUUUUCUGGUUUUUUCGUACUGGAAAAAUGACUUCGUCGUGGUUUGUCGUCUGUCUUUGCGUUGAAAGAUUCAUUGCAGUAUGGUUUCCAUUGAAAGCAAAGAUAAUUUCUACAAGGAAAUCGGCAGUUUUACAGAUAAUAUGCGUGUAUUUAAUAAUCGGGUCAUUCAAUGGGGUUUGGACAAGAAAUUCCGAAGUCCUUGAGGAUGGAAAAUGUUAUCCCGACUAUUUUGACAAAAAAGACCGUUCUGAAGCCGAGACCUACAAGGCCAUGCUGACUGCUGGCUCCACUUUGUACUCCCUAGCUCCUCUUUGUAUCUUGGCCACAGUCACCCCUCUAAUCGUGUUCAAACUAGCCAGGCACAGACAACAGCGUAAACGCCUUACUUCCGCAACUACGAACGACAACUCCCAGGCAACCAAAACCACCGCCAUGUUGAUCGGUAUCGUAGUGGCCUACUUCCUUCUAGUCCUUCCUAUAACUACACUCCAUAACAUAGCUUUCUACAUGGGAAUGAAAAGUUUUGGUGACAAUCCCAAAGGUUUCUUGAUUUUCCGUGAUGUAUCCCAGAUAUUAGAACAGAUUAAUUACGGCAUUAACUUUUACCUUUACGUCCUGACGUCAACACAAUUUCGACAGCAGCUAAAGCUGUACUUUACAGAUAACAGACUAAUUAAAAUGUUACGUAACGUCACAUUGUCCACGGAAGGUAAAACCAACUCCACAAAGCUCUCUAAGAAAUCGCCUGAUGACCCGGAAGUAGACGAGAAAGCCUAA